AUGGACAUUGACAACCACCACGACCGCGACGACGAGGGUCGUAUGAUCAUGACAAGAGAUUCGUCCUCCCCAAGCCUCGGUCUAGGGGUACCACCAGAUCCAAACUCGAACGAGUAUGCAGACACGGUGCAAUUCGGCGAAGCGGACGUGUUCCCAGACCAGGCUGGCAUAGCAUCAGCGAGAGGUGCGUCGUCGGUCGGCCUCGAAUACUUAGGUGCGCCGCCAGAUCCAGCGUCGGAAGAGUACAAGAGGACAGUGCAGUUUGGGGAAGGAGACGUCUUCCCAGACCAACCUCAUCUCAACAAGCGGGGCCAGGGUUCCAAUACCAAGUCCUCCGACCACGACGACGAGGCUCCAAGCAGCACAAGGACCCGGAAGAAGACCCGGCCAGAGAACAGCACGGUGGCUCGUAGGUCAGGCAGAAUUCCUGAGCCUUCGACGAAGGGCAAGCAGAUUCUGGCCGAAGCAAAUCGACAAGGCAGAGGAAGUGACUUUUCUGGGGCUGCCACCAGCGUCAACACUUUUGGAGAAACAGGGGAGGAGGAGGGAGAGGUUGAGGCCAAUGAAAUGGCAACCAGGCGUGGAAUCACAACAUCAUCCACGAGGAAGACAGCAGUCGCAUCAUCAUCAAAUGAUAUGCCAUCCCGGUCGAUUGGACCGGCGAAGAAUGUGGCCUGGCAGUCGAGCGAGGAGCUGAAGAUCGCCCUCCGCAUGGUGUACUCUAAAGAGUACGAAUCUCAACUCAAUACGCCCCAGAGAAAGGCCGAUGUUUGGAACGAGGCGGUCAAGGACAUUGAGACCAUCAAAGCUCGUAACGCCUUUGUGCCAGAGCAGACUAUGGCCACCCAGUACUCUGAGCGUAAUUCAAGCAGGAAGAUUCCAAGUGUAACCCAUUGGAAGACUGUGAUCGAGAAGAUGGCACCCGAUGAUCCGAAGUGGGUCGACAUGAAGCAGAAGUUCGACGCGGCGAUCGUUGAGCUUGAUCGGACCAAUAGGUGGAGCACCACUAUACUUCUGCCGUAA